UAACGGUGCUUGACGUGUGUGUGUUGGUUGACCCUCACGACACCACCGCUGCUCUCUUCACAUUGUCAUCGUCACAGACUGCCAGAGUUGUCAUCAUCACAGACUUCCAGAGUUGUCAUCAUCACAGAGUUCCGGACUUGUCAUCAUCACCACCGCGUCGCGCAGUCGUUGGGAGUGUGUGAGGCUGCGACUGUGAGUCGGGAUCGUGCCUGAUGGAUUACGCACCCAUCUCCAUCUGCGGUGGAGGUAGCUUCGCAAAGCGCGCCAGUGUGGUUUCCAAGUGGCUCAGUGUCGGCGAGACUUUGCCUUAUCAAGGAGAGAUCGAGAGAGGCGACCCCCUUACUCGCGGCGGCGUUAAUCGACUGGAGUGCCAAUCAAAGACAGACUCUGAAUCGGGUAAUCAUAGUUAUAAUCCAAUUAGAGAGGAGGAGGAGUGCCAAUCAAGGACAGACUCUGAAUCGGGUAAUCAUAGUUAUAAUCGAAACAGAGGGGAGAAGAAGGUAGCGGGAAAAAGAGGGUUAUCCCUAGGCUUGCGCGCAUCAACAUUGAGCAGGUGCGGCAGCGCGGGCGGCGUCUGCUGCUGGAGGUCAUCAUAUCCGAGACGUAAGCGAGUUGAAGCUGACGUGACAGCUAUGGAGGAGGAUCGAUCACCGAAGCGUGGUCGUGAUUGCGCAGCAGAUUCUGAGCAGGAGGAGGAGGAUGGGGAGGCGGGGAAGGAGGAGGAGGAGCAGCAGCAGUUGCGCCCUGUGAAGCGCCUGCGCAAGACGACGAGCAUGAAGGAAGAACAAGCUAAGGAGGAGAAGGGAGGGGAAGAGGGGGAGGUGGUUGUUGAUAAGGAGAGGGCUUAUGAUCAAAGGAGACUUGCGUCCUCGGUUGGGGCAGUACACGUGGCAACAUCACAGAGCGAGGAGGGUCCUGCUAUGGAGCGCAUGAGAAAGCGAAUGAGAUGUAGAGGGGAUGCAGCGCGAGGGAGAGAAGAGGAGGAGGGUGAGGAGGGGGAGGAAGGGAACAAAGAGUCUGGACCAGAUACAGAUGAGGGUGCCUCAAAGCGCUUGCGAACGGACAAGUACGCGGCGAUGGAGGGGGAGAAGGAGGUGGACAUGGUGGAGGGGAAGGAGGAGGAGGAGGAGGGGGAUCCCCCUCCCUCGACCGACAUUAACUCCCUACCUGAUUCUCUACUUGUGAACGUUUUAUGCGCAAUUGGUGAUGCCAAGUCAUUGUUCAAGUGCGCAGCUGUCUGCCGUCGAUUCAAUCAACUCGUUUGGAAGGUUCCUGAGCUCUCUUUCAAGGUCGAGUGUUCGAGGCGCGCGUUGGAAGAGGAUUACAGCGAGCCAAUCACUGAGGCGAUCCGGCGGACGGCAGAUCUUCGAGUCCUGAACGUGAAGUUCUGCGAGCUCGUGGUCUGCCGUGCGGAAGUGGUGCAGGCCUGGCUCCGCCACGUGUCCAACCACCUCACCCAUUUCUCUCUCGUCGUCAGCCCCAGCUGCAACGUGGAGAGAGGCAUUCUCCAUCACGUCUUCUACUGUGCCCUUAACUACUGCCGCAAUCUUCGUCAUUUGGAGGUGGACCUCAGAUUGCAAAUGCAGACCGUCGAUCUGAAAUCGCUGCUCAAACAUCAGCCGCUCGAAAGCCUCGAGUACCUCAGCAUUACGCGUGUCGAUUUCAGCAAAGACCCCGACUUUGUCCGUUCUCUUCUCACGCUCUUUCCUAAUUUGAAGACCCUCAAAUUGAGCGGCAUCAAGGGUCCCAAGGAGGUCAUUCUGGAAUCUCCUCUGCUGGAGGUGUUUGAGCUGGAGGGCUCUCGACGACGCGGUCGGUAUCUCGACGGCUGGGUGGACAGGGUCGUCAUUGACGCCCCCUGUCUGCAGGAGCUGGUCUUACGAAGCGUCAAGAGCUUUCGAAUAGAAUCCUCCCCUGGUCCCAAAAAGCUGGAACUGUACACGUGUCUCGACAAAAGCUUUCCUGAUUGGUCUAAUCGGCUAUCAACCUUAUCCGUUGUGAAUUCCGCCGGCCCUUCGGCUUAUCCAUGCUCGUCUUCUUCUGCUUCCUAUUUUGGCGAUGGCGGCGGCUAUGGCGGGGCGCGAGUCGACGAGGCGGGCCAGGUGCUGUCUGCAUCGGAUAUAGCGUCGAUGAUCUCCUCUCACAGACGGAGCUUGACCUCCUUGAGCGUCGACAUGGCGGUCUCUCCGAUGGCCACGUCAGAGGAGAAGGCAACGUUUUUGGAAGCUUUCUGCUCUUCUUAUCCGUGUUUAAAAAGUUUGUCGUUUUCUAGUCCCGGGUUCAUGGACCUGGUGGAGGGCUGCUUGGAGGUUCUCGCCCUGGAUUCUGUCGACGGCGCAGAUGAGCUCGGCGGCGGUGCGAUCAUCGAUCGAGAUCCCAAUUCUAAGCCUCAACCUGCUAAGGAAGUAGGAGGAGUCGCGGCCGCCGCCAUAGCCACGAGCUCGAGGGCCGCCAUUGGCAUCUCUUCGUCUCCGCUUUCUCUCUCCUCCGCUGUCGUGGAGAAUGCCGGCCGCGCAUGCGGAGAAACCGAGCAGACACAUGGCGAUGUCGAUCGUCUCAGGGACAGCGGGGAAUGUUCCUACACUACCCAUCAUCCUCCCCCUCCUUCUUCUUCGUCAUGUCCUCUUCAUCAUCAGAGUGCGGCUGCUGCCGCCAUAGCCGGCGGCGGGCUCCGAGCUUGCACCCAAGCGGGAUUGGCUUCGUCUUCGCCGUCGAGUCCUCCUGCUUCGUUGCAGAGAGCGGUCUUCCCUUCCUUCUCCUCGCUCUUCCCUCCUGCCUCGUCUUCUGCUUCUCCUGCUGCCGCUGGCGCUGGCGCUGGCGAUGGAUAUGGCGCACACCUCUCCGACCACGGCAACGACAGCAAUCAUAACCGUAGCCGUAGCAGCAGCCAUAGAUAUCACAGCUCCAGCGGUAAUGGCGGUGUUUCUGUGGCGUCGAUUCCACGUGAAGGAGGAGGAGGAGGAGGAGGAGAAAGAGGAAGAAACGACAGGAAUGAAGAAGAAGAAGAAGAAGGCGGAGCUCGGUCAGCAGCGGCGAUUGCGUAUGCUGCAUUGCUGAGCUGGAUUAACGCUCCCGAUUUGGAAAGUCUGUCCUUGGUCGUCGGACGAGGGUCGAUCGCAACCGUCCACGUGAUUCGUCAAUUUCUGGAGACGUGCCCAAGAUUGAGGGCGGUGCAUUUAACCAUCUGUGAUGCCGACGGCUCCGCUCCCGCGUUUUUCGAGCAAAUUGCCCAGCUGCGCGCCGAGUGCAUAGAUAAUGUCGAGGUGGUGGUGAGCACGAGUACUAAACGAUUCGGGGCCAGAAGAUAUAAUUAGUUUUUUUUUUUUUUUUUUUUUUUUUUUUGGUGUGUUUACGAGGUUUUUUUUUUAGCGUAAAUGAAAUGAAUAAAGACGA